AUGAACAAAGACAAAGAGGAGAAUAAAAAUAAGAUUAGGGAUCGCCUUAUCAAAGCAUUUGGCAGUACGAAAGGCAAGAGGUUGAUUGACAGUCGAGAAAGGAAUGCAGUGAUACAGGAGUCGUACGAGAGUUCGAUUGGGGCUGCAAUCAACAACUCGAAGAUUGAAUCGAAUGGAUUUAAAGAUGAUGAUGCUGAUAAAGCUAAAAACUCUGACUCUUCACUGGAUUAUUUGCCGAAGCACAACUUGAAUGCAUUACAGGUCCAAGACAUUUAUCCAAUGAACCAAAUUAUAAGUGACGCUGAGAUGGACGCCCUGGCCACACCUGCCAUAAUAUUCACAGAGUCUACCGUCAAACUCAUCACCGAGUGGAGCAACAAUAAGACCUAUCCUUCAUUCAUUUGUGACCGGCUAAAGUAUCUACCCGUUGAUGAUGCAGCCAGAGCUAAAAAGUGUAAACAGUUCAUGUAUCUACGUUACCUUCUGUUUUUGUACUCACUCAAAUAUGCAGCGUUGAGAAAAAAAGAGUUUAUGCCUCCUGAUAUUCCGCCACUUGUUAAGAGCAACAUGGUUGGAAAGUUUACUAUACCGGUAGCUGGCCACAAAUUUGCUAGAUCAAUUCCACCAAAGACGAAAGAUUCAAUAUUGUUCCAUAUUUUAGUUCUUUGCUUGCAUAUAGAUGAUUUUUCACUGAACGUGUCUGACCUGAAUGUUGAUUUACCCGGCAAAGAUUUGUUGAAGUAUUUGAGGUUACUGGGUUGCAAGGUCACGGUCAAUCGCGGGGACAAGUCCGUGAAGAAUGAUGCAAAGGCCAUCCUAACUGUCCCUCUAACGUUCCCUACGUUCUCGCCUUCAAAAAAAAACAAGAGAAAAGAAAAUUAA